AUGGCGUCGGAGAAUGCGGUGAAUUAUGCGCUACGGGUCAUCAAGCCGAUCCUCGACGGGCGAGCGAGCGCCGCCGACGUGAAGCCGGAGGCGGAGAAGCGUUACGUGCAAAGCCUCCAGGGCGCCCUCCAGAAGACGGGCCCGAGCCGGGGAAGGCAAGCCUCUCGGGCUACCGUUUGGUGGAUUGUGGGCAUGGUGGCUGCGAUUGGCUGGGCCCUGAGUGCCGCGUCCGAGGGCGGCAUGGCCGCCGGGACAGUUUCACGUGUGCGCUGGAUCGUAUCUUCUCCCCAAACCGAUUCCACCGCGCUUGUCAGCAAGCUCUCUAGUGGCGGGUCCUGA